CAGGCGGGCGGGACGCUGGAGCCAUGGCGCCCAAAAAGAAAGGGAAGAAAGGAAAAGCCAAAGGUACCCCGAUUGUUGACGGGCUUGCUCCGGAGGACAUGAGCAAGGAACAGCUUGUGGGAUCUUAGUUCCCCGACCAGGGAUUAAACCAGCAAUGGGAGCAAGAAGGCCUACCACUGGACCGCCAGGGAGUUCCCAGCCAUUCUCCUAUUUAAAAGCAUCUUAGAUCAUUUCCUUUUUAAUUUUUUUGCUGUUGUAAUAAUGGUGUAGCUAAUAUCUUUAAGCAGAAAGCUCUUGUGUUCUUCUGAGAAGCUUCCUUAGUGUAAAUUCCCAGGAAUGAAUAAAAGGAUAUAAUCAUUAUAUGACUCUUGGCCAAAUACAGGAGAUUUCUGCUGUUUGCCAAAAGUUCCCUGUCCCCGAGCCUUCUUGGCCCCCUGUUUUAACUUCUCACUUGUAGCUCUGAUUUACUCUGUGGCGAGAGCGGCCCCUCCCUCCGUCUUCCUGGCCUUUCUCCGUCCACCUUCCGUGGCGGUGAGUGGGCCCCCGGCUGCCUCAGCGGCCCUGCCCUCCCCGGCAGGUGGCGGAGCACAUCGGCCGAAUCCGGGAGGAGCUGGACCGGGAGCGGGAGGAGCGCAACUACUUCCAGCUGGAGCGGGACAAGAUGCACACCUUUUGGGAGAUCGCCCGGCGGCAGCUGGAGGAGAAGAAGGCAGAGCUGCGCAACAAAGAUCGGGAGAUGGAGGAGGCCGAGGAGCGGCACCAGGUGGAGAUCAAGGUCUAUAAGCAGAAGGUGAAGCACCUGCUGUAUGAGCAUCAGAACAGCCUGACGGAGGUGAAGGCAGAGGGCACCGUGGUCAUGACGCUGGCGCAGAAGGAGCACCGCGCGCAGGAGGGGACGCUGCGCAGGGACAUGCGGGCUCUGAAGGUGGAGCUGAAGGAGCAGGAGCUGGCCAGCGAGGUGGUGGUGAGGAACCUGAGGCUGAGACACACCGAGGAGGUCACCAAGAUGCGCAACGACUUUGAGCGGCAGGUGCGAGAAAUUGAGGCCAAGUACGAUAAGAAGAUGAAGAUGCUCAGGGACGAGCUUGACCUGCGCAGGAAGACGGAGGUGCGCGAGGUGGAGGAGAGGAAGAACGGCCAGAUCGGCGUGCUGAUGCAGCGCCACGAGGAGGCCUUCACGGACAUCAGGAACUACUACAACGACAUCACCCUCAACAACCUGGCUCUCAUCCACUCCCUCAAGGAGCAGAUGGAGGACAUGCGGAAGAAGGAGGAGCACCUGGAGAAGGAGAUGAUGGAGGUGUCGGCCCAGAACAGGCGCCUGGCAGACCCCCUGCAGAAGGCUCGGCAGGAGAUGAGCGCGAUGCAGAAGCAGCUCGGGGGCUGCGAGGGGGACAAGCAGGUCCUGCUGUGCACAAAAGCCCGUCUGAAAGUCACCGAGAAGGAGCUGAAGAGCCUGCAGUGGGAGCACGAGGUGCUGGAGCAGCGGUUCCUCGAGGUGCAGCAGGAGCGGGAUGAGCUGUACCGGAAGUUCACCGCAGCCAUCCUGGAGGUGCAGCAGAAGGCAGGCUUCAAGAACCUUGUUUUGGAGCGCAAAGUGCAGGCGUUGACCGCCGCUGUGGAGAAGAAGGAGGUGCAGUUCAAUGAGGUGCUGGCGGCCUCCAACCUGGACCCUGCGGCCCUGACCCUCGUGUCCCGAAAGCUGGAGGAUGUUCUGGAAUCGAAGAACAGUGCCAUCAAGGACUUGCAGUACGAGCUGGCCCGGGUCUGCAAGGCCCACAAUGACUUGCUGCGCACCUACGAGGCGAAGCUCCUGGCCUUCGGGGUCCCCCUGGACAACGUGGGCUUCAAGCCCCUGGAGACGGCUGUGAUCGGGCAGACGCUGGGACAGGGCCCCGCAGGACUCGUGGGCACCCCGACGUAGCCCCUGCCUGGGGCCACUGCCCAGAUGACACCCCCUUCAUACACCAAGGACAGCAGGUAUCUGUCGUGUAGACCUGCGACCUCAGCAAAUGAAGGUUUCCGCAUGUGCCGCGUGUCCUGCUGCAUGGCUGUGUGGACAGGCGCCCCCAGUGCCGUCCGGCCCCUUCCCUGAGCCCACCUGCUCUGUGU